AUGCGCUCAGAAUUCUUCGUUCAAGCUGUAAUUGCUACCCUUCUUGGCCUCUCCGCUGCCUCGACAAUCAACCCGGCGGCCAAGACAGAAGAUCAAGCCCCCAACCGUGAUGAUUCGAACCUCGAGAUCUCCAUAUCCCAAUCAAUCCACAGACCACACGAAAACUCGUCGUCGACAAGCACGGUGGCCAGCAUCCUCGCAACUCGAGCCAGUCCCCCUCCAUACAGGGGCAACAACGAAAGAGAUGCGAGUGGCCACGGUGUUGUAUCUCGAGAAGUCGACCAAGCACAAGAUGAAACUUUACAUGCCGAUGAUGCCCACAUGAAUUCAGCAAGAACUGGCCAUGUUCACCGACCCCACGUGAGCCGAAGACAUGGCCAUGCUAGACGGGAAUUCAGGAGAGAAGCCUUGGCAGAUUUGAACCCAGCACCACCUCACAACGACAUUAGCGACAUGGAGAUACUGGAGGACGGUUCCGUCGGGUUGAGGGAAUAA